UUGUGGCGCUGUUUCUGUAUCGCAUUUCCUGUGCGUAGCAGCGGCAAUGCAAGUGAUUUUGGGGGAAUUUAAUAUACCUUUUUCUGAAAAAGUAAAGAAUUUGGCCGAGUUUUUACAUACAUAUUCUGGCUAAGUGGUUCGCUGGAACAGAAGUUAAACAUGGAUAUCCCCAGUCCUCCCGAAGAUCAGGAGCUUCGAAAUGUGAUUGAUAAGCUGGCCCAAUUUGUUGCCCGAAAUGGCCCAGAGUUUGAGAAGAUGACGAUGGAAAAACAGAAGGACAACCCUAAGUUUUCCUUCCUUUUUGGGGGCGAAUACUUCAGCUACUACAAGUACAAACUUGCUAUGGAGCAACAGCAACAUCCCUCUACCCACGAUGGGGAGGAGUAUAAAUCUAAAGAAAUAUACAACCCUGGUGCAAAAGAUGUGGUUGAUAUCCCCCCUCCACCAAUGCCGAUGAUUGCUCCACCUCCAAUACCUCCACCCUCUGCGCCCGCUAUAGAUGAGCUCAUUCAACAGAGCCAGUGGAAUCUUCAGCAGCAGGAGCAGCAUCUGCACACGCUCAGACAGGAACAGGUCACUGCAGCCAUUACUUUAGCUAUGGAGCAGCAGACCCAAAAGCUGCUGCUGGAAACGCAGUUGGACAUAACAGAAUUUGACAACCUGCUUCAACCAAUUAUAGACACCUGCACCAAAGAUGCCAUCUCGGCUGGUAAGAACUGGAUGUUCAAUAAUGCCAAGUCCCCACAGCACUGUGAACUGAUGACAUCACAUCUACGCAACCGCAUCACUGCUGAUACAGCUCAUUUUGAGCUGCGCCUACACCUUAUCUACUUAACAAAUGACGUUCUUCAUCAUUGCCAGCGGAAGCAGCAGAAGGAUUUGUUGGCAGCGCUGCAGAAAGUUGUUGUUCCAAUCUACUGCACAAGCUUUCUAGCUGUAGAGGAAGAAAAACAGCAGAAGAUCACCAGGUUGUUGCAGCUUUGGGAGAAAAAUGGGUACUUUGAUGAGGAGACCAUUCAACAGCUCCAGAAUCCAGCACUGGGCCUUGGCCAGUACCAGGCGUCCCUGAUAACAGAAUAUGCUGCAGUGGUGCAGCCAGUCCAGUUGGCCUUCCAGCAGCAGAUCCAGUCAUUGAAGACUCAGCAUGAUGAGUUUGUUGCUAGUCUGAAGCAGCAACAUCAGUCACAACCGCAGUCUGCCCCUGUAGGACAGCUAGCUGCCCCAGCUGAACCGGAAAAGCCCCCCCCUAUGACUACGCAAGCUGGAGAUGUAAAGCUUCCCAUGUCAGGUCCUCCUCCAGGAGAGUUUGAUGGCUCUUCAUCCAGACCACCAGACCCCAGCAACCCUAGUGGUCCCUCAGAUAUACCCCCCACAAAGCCUGCCUGGUAUGACCCUCAGCAUAUGAGCCCCUGGAACCCCAACCAGCCGCCUCCUUUUGAUCCAAACCAGCCACCACCACCUUGCCCUCCUUGGAACAGCCAUGAGGGGAUGUGGAAUGAUCAGCGGGACCCAGGAAACUGGAGUGGAGGUCCUGGUAGAGAAGGAGGUCCUUGGAGUGGUCCAGGUGGAUCUGAGCACGCUCCUCCAUCUUGGAACUCGUAUGACCAGCAACCACCAUGGGGAAAUCAGCCGGACCAGCCUCCCUGGGGUCAGAGGGAGCCACCAUUCCCUCCACGCAUGCAGCGGCCGCCCCAUUUCAGAGGACCUUUCCCUCCUCACCAGCAGCCACCUCCUUUCAACCAGCCCCCUCCGCCCCCACACGGCUUUGGACGUUUUCCCCCUCGCUUUAUGCAGGAAGACUUUUCUCCCAGACAUCACUAUGACAGACCACCCUAUACACCACAUCGAUUUGACUAUGCUCAAGGAGAAUAUCCUGGAGAUAUGCCGGGUCCUCCUCCCCACCACCAUCCCAAUCAGAGGCUUCCUCCACCAGGUAUGGGAGCUGAACAUCCUCCCUGGGGUGGAGGCCAGCACCCGGAAUUUGGCCCACCGCCACAUGGGUUUAAUGGCCAUUCACCUCACAUGCGUCAUCGCCAGCAUCCAGUGCAAGAUGAUCCCAGUCUGGUGCCAAAUGUGCCCUACUUUGACCUGCCAGCUGGUCUCAUGGCUCCGCUUGUUAAACUUGAGGACUGUGACUAUAAACCUCUGGACCCUAAGGACAUUCGGUUACCUCCACCCAUGCCACCCAGUGAUCGCCUGCUAGCUGCCGUGGAAGCUUUCUACAGCCCUCCAUCUCAUGAUCGGCCUAGGAAUAGUGAAGGCUGGGAGCAGAACGGCCUGUAUGAAUUCUUCAGGGCUAAGAUGAGGGCCAGAAGGAAAAAGGAUCAGGAGAAACGUAACAGUGGUCGUGGAGGCAGCCGCUCCAGGAGUCGCUCUCGCAGCCGAGGGAGGUCUUCGUCUCGCUCCAGCUCUCACUCCUCAAAGUCCUCCAGGUCACGCUCCCGUUCAUCACGUUCCCGCUCCCACAGCCGCUCUCGCUCCUACUCACAAUCCAGGUCCAGGAGUAGAUCCAGGUCAUCUCGUAGUCACUCUCGCUCCAGGUCUCGAUCCCGCUCACAUUCACCCACCAAGCGACGGCGUGGCGCAAAAUCUCGGAGCUCCUCUCCUCCUUCCACAGCAGUGCUGGGCACAACUUCUUCAAAAUUACCUGCAGACACCAGGUUAGGGGAGGAGAACAAAGGUCAUCAGCUACUGAUGAAGAUGGGUUGGAGUGGCUCAGGGGGCUUGGGGGCUAAAGAACAGGGCAUCCAGGACCCCAUUAAAGGAGGCGAUAUCAGGGAUAAAUGGGACCAGUACAAAGGUGUGGGGGUCUCACUGGAUGACCCUUACGAGAACUAUCGCAGGAAUAAAAGUUACAACUUUGUAGCUCGCAUGAAGGCAAGAGAAGAAGUCAAUCGGGAACCCCAGGACGCCCCUUCAACUGACUGAUGCAGUCAAAUUGUGUGAAACAACCCUCUCCUCCUCACCACCGCCACCACAGAUCUAACUUUUUUUUAUUUUAGUUGGUUUUCCACCCAGGAUUUGUCACUAGUCCCAAAAGUCUAAACUAAAGGAGAACACUAUGCAUUUUUAAGUGUCUAAGAGUGCAAGGAGCUUUUGCUGCCUCUAAGUCAAGUUUGUCCAAGCAGAACAUGUACAGUGUGUAGAUGUGACAAUUGACGCUAACAAUAGCAACAUCACAGGAGUCAGCUAACACAUUUUUGUUCAGCUUGGACCCUCGAAUAACUAUCUGUUUAAUUUUAUUAUAUUUGACUUCCAGUGUUUCAUGUAAGUGUUCAUAAUUCUACAGACUGAAAACAGAGGUCUCAGUCACACUCAACAUUUAGGAGCUAGGACAUAAUAGAAGUGAAUAAUGUGUAUUAAAGCAGUGCUUUUCUUUCACUUGCGGUGGAUUGUCAAAAUAAUUCUUUAAUAAAUAACAAAAGCAGUGCUUUUUCAUAAAUUAUUCCGGCUCUUUUUGUGGAGGAAUUGGUCUUAAAGAAAACUGCUUACUGUGGAAGGUGUCAAGAGUCUCAGAAGAGUGGGUUCUGAAAACAAGAUGUGGCCAGAUCACUAUUUGUAAAACAGAAAUGUCAUAUGUGAGAACUGAGCAUUUAAGGCGAAAGUAGAAUAAAGGUAUGGUUGCUCUUCUUGUGAAUCUUAUUUUUUAAGCAGCUUAUUAUUGUGACAUUUUCUUUUUCAGGUAAUGACUUCUCUUUAGAUAUGUCUUUUAGUUGUAGUGUUAAAAUGAAGCUCAACAAUUCCACUGUAUUUUUAUCCACAAGCACACUGUAGAGACAUGAUCUAAAUAAACAAUUCUGACAGCUCACAA